GGUGCACCUUUCCUCAUCGGUUAUCUGCUGGUUGUCAUGGUAUACAUGUUGGAAGUCCACUCUGCUGUGCGUGCAUUCUCCCGAGUAUGAACGACAGCAAUGGAAACCUCUACGACCCUCUUAGCUUUGAUAAGUUCAAAGGUAGACUGAGUUUAGGUGCUAGGUAGUAUUCUCUAAGCUACUUUCAUCUCUAGUACAACGGGAGGGAACUCUUUCUCCAUACCUUCUUGACACAAUACAUAUCUACCAACAUAAUGUGUUUAUCACAUCACUACGAGUACCUCUCUCUUAUCGCAUAAGACGUGAGCCAUGCUAAGACCGGGGGGGUGCAGCGACUUCUGCGGCCAACCCUCGGUACAGUCUGCCCUGACGAUUGCUGACAGCAUGGAUGGUUCGAUACUUCCUUCAAGGGCUCGUAGGCUCGAGACACAGUACGUUCCCUUCCAUAUCAUCUCUUCCACAUGUCGGACAUCCAUAACAGCUCGGGAGAGCAAUGAUAUCACGAGACAAUCUUCGUAUACUCGUGACCGGCGGAGGCGGCUUCCUUGGCCGGGCCAUCGUACAAGCGUUAUUGACCCAACAUGAAACAUGGCGCAUCUCCGUCCUUGACCUAAAACCACCGGAUCACGACAUACUAACCCGACUAGAGCACUUCUUCCAAGUUGAUGUUCGUUCCGCCGCCAGCGUCAACAACGCUUUCGUAGACUACAUUCCGGACCUCGUCAUCCAUACCGCCGGCAUCAUCCCCGCCCGUCAGAAACGUUACAGCACCCGCAAGGAAGACUGGGAGCACGUCAGAUCCAUCAACGUCGACGGAACCCGCCACAUCCUCGACGCCACCUUGGCCAGCGGCUGCAAACUCUUCGUCUACACCAGCAGCUGCACAGUCGUAAUCGACGAUCUAAACCAUGACUACUACUAUAUGGACGAGACCGUCCCCAUCGGCCUCGCAAACCUGCAUUACGGCAAAUCAAAAGGGAUAGCGGAAUCGUACGUCCUCGACCCUCGCCACGCCACAGAACGAGGACUUGUAGCCUGCGCGCUCCGCCCUGCCACCAUCAUCGGACCCGGCGACACGGCCGUGAUGAGUCUAAUCCAUGACUUGAUAGCCAAGGGCGAAACCUCCUUCAUCGUCGGCAACGGCGACAACAUCUACGAUUUCAUGUACAUCGACAACGCCGUGCACGCGCACCUCCUCGCCGUCGAGAACCUGCUCACCACGCGCACAGCGGCAGGGGAAGCCUUCUUCAUCUCCAAUUGCGAGCCCGUGUAUUUCUGGGAUGUAUUCGCGUAUAUCUGGGCGCAGUUCGGACAUGUCCCGACGUUCCGGGUGCGGAUCCCGAUGGGCUUGGCGUGGGUCGCGGCGUUGGUGGCGGAGGCGGUGACGUGGGUGACGGGGAAGCCGAGUACGUUGGAUACGGGGAGUGUGGCGGAUGGGGUGCGGACGCAUUUCUCGAAUAAUGAAAAGGCGAGGAGGGUGCUGGGGUAUGAGCCCGUUGUUGGAUUGACAGAAGGGGUGAAAUUGGCUUGUGAGGUGAGCAUCGAAACGUACGAGUUGUGAGCUCCGCUUGUAUGUUGAUGUGUC